AUGGCCACGGCAGCUGUGCAGGUGCAGGCAGACGACCACCUGCAGUUAGCGCCUGACGAAGUCCGGAGCUACUUGGACGAUGCUGGCUUCGCUUCUGUCUACCUGAAGGGCACCGAGUAUGGAAUGCCCGUGAUGUUUCUGCAGGCAGCCGAUGCUGAGAUCACAGACCAAGCCUUGAACACGGCCUUGGCAUCUAUGGGUGCCGUGCUGCGAGAAAAGGUGGAUUUCGCACUUUGCUACGACCUGCGAGAUUUGAGGACGCCCUCUAUGCACAACAGCUCUACGAUCAUAAAAUGGAUGAACGAUGACGAGAUGAGCCCACUCCUGUCUCAGCAUGCCUUGGUCACCUGCGUGAUGGUCCAAAACUCCUUUGCAGGUAUGGCCGUGAGUGGCUGCACUUAUGUGAUCCAGAAGCUGUGCUCUGCCGCCAAGCCCAUGGCCGUUGUGUACACGGAGGAAGAGCGCGACAACUUCCUACGUGAAGCAAUCAAGCAGGUCAAAGCAAGACGAGCUCAGGAUGCGACCGGCGAGAUCAAGGAGUAA